AUGAAAGCGCUAGGCCUGAGAAGCCUAGCUCAAAAUCUGACCAGCUUGGAAGAACUUCUUCUUGGUUUAGUCAAAAUGCCGUCCCAAGUGCCCAACAUUCUGGCGAAUCUGUCUUCACUGAGAUUGCUGGACAUGGAGAAGUGCGCCUUGCCCGGUGUAUUUCCGUCUGCCAUUUUUCAUUUACCGAAGCUGCAAUAUCUUGCGAUGGGUCAAAACAAAGCUCUCACGGGCCGAUUGCCGGACUUUAACUCAAGCAGUCCUCUUGAAGAGCUAAGUCUGCCACGCACGAGUUUUUUUGGGGAGCUGUCCACUUCAAUCGGAAUCCUUCCUUCCUUGAGCUAUCUCGACGUAAGUAAUUGCAAAUUCUCAGGAUCCAUCCCGGCUUCACUCGCUAAUCUUAGCAACCUCAGAUACCUGGAUGUCUCAAUAAACCCAUUCACAGCCCGGUCCAUUUCCUCUUUUUCUUGGGUUUGGAAGAAGAAGAAGCUCGCUACUUUGGAACUCCAAAUGAUCAAUUUAUAUGGUGAGAUUCCACCUUCAAUCGGAAACUUGUCUCAGCUUGGUGUGUUAUCCUUAGAUGACAACCAAUUAAGCGGUGCCAUGCCAUCUCAGCUCAUGAACCUCACUCAGCUAACUGUUUUGUACCUCACAAAUAAUCAACUAUCGGGUUCUAUACCGUCUGGGCUUAUGAAUAUGACUCCACUGGUCGUGCUUGACCUUGCAGUCAAUAAAUUCCACGGUGAGAUACCUUCAUCAAUCUUUCAACUUCAAAAUCUAGAGAACCUCCGCCUUUUCGAAAACAACUUCAGCGGUACUAUUGAGCUAGACAACUUUCACAAGUUCAAAUAUCUGGAAGUGCUGCAACUAUCAUCUAACAAGCUAUCAGGCUGCAUGAGUAGCGCGAAUCUUAUUCUUCCUCGGCUUAAUAACCUAGGACUGGGUUCAUGCAAUUUGAGCGAAUUUCCGACAUUCUUACAAAAUCAAGCUGAUAUUCAAUGGUUGGACUUGUCUGAUAACAACAUUAGGGAAGUGCCUUUUUGGGUGUGGAAUAAUCACAUGGUCUAUUUGAAUCUCUCUCAUAACUUCUUAACCGGUCUUGAUCGAUAUUACCCGAUGUACGCUUCAUAUUCGUACACAAUAGACCUUUCUCAUAACAUGUUGAAAGGUUCGCCCCCCGAAGCACCGUUAUCAACAAUGUCCUAUAUAGUAUCCAACAACAACUUGACGGGAGCAUUGCCAGCAUGGAUCUGCAAUUUGAGUUUAGCAAUCACACUAGACUUGUCUCUUAACAGUCUGACUGGUGUGCUUCCUAUUUGUUUGGGCAAUAUAAGCAAAUCACUCAUGGUAUUGAACCUAAAAGGCAACAAUUUCUAUGGAAGCAUUCCAGAGCUCUCGGUGAGGGGGAUGCAAUUGACGAUGAUUGAUUUGAGUGACAACCAGUUGCAAGGCAAUUUACCGAGGUCCUUGGCCAAUUGCAAAAAGCUCAAGUUCAUUGACUUUGCAAACAAUUUUAUCAUGGACACCUUCCCAUCAUGGUUAGGAUCACUCCUAGAGCUUCAUGUCCUUAUUUUGCGAUCCAAUAAAUUCCACGGUGUCAUAGAGAGGCCUAAAUCUAGUCAUGCAUUCCUUAAGUUGCGGAUACUUGACCUCUCUUCUAAUGCAUUCAUCGGUAAGUUGCCCAUGGAAUUCUUUCAGUCUUGGAAUGCCAUGGAAUUCUUUCAGUCUUGGAAUGCCAUGAAAUUCGAAAUGCGAAACUUUACAUACAUGUAUAAAGAUCUAUAUCCGCCAAUGUUCACACCGCUCACCUACGAUGGCCACUAUGAUUUUUCUAUGAUAGUGAUUUACAAAGGGCUUAAAUGGUAUUACCCAAAGAUACCAAACGUCUUCACAAUCAUCGACCUCUCCAACAAUUUGUUAAAAGGAGAGAUCCCUAGCACCAUAGGUGAUUUCAAAGGACUGCAAGGCUUGAACCUUGCCAAUAAUUCCCUCACUGGUCACAUCCCAUCAUCGUUAGGGAAUCUCACAACGCUUGAGUCAUUGGACCUUUCUCAAAACAAACUCACUGGACAAAUCCCCCAGAAGCUAACAGAACUCGGGUUCCUUUCUUUCUUGAACGUCUCUUACAACAAUCUAACCGGGUCCGUGCCUAGAGGGAAACAGCUCGAUACGUUUUCGAACGAUUCUUUUGAGGGAAACUCAGGACUGUGUGGGGAAUUCAUAUCCACGAAAUGUCGAGAUUCAUCGGAUAAGUCAAGACAACCUUCAACCUACCAAGAAGAUGUCUUGGGAUCACCAAUUGAACUCAAUUGGAAGAUUGUUCUUAUGGGGUAUGGGAGCGGCUUAGUGAUUGGAGUGGUCAUCGGAAAUGCAUUCAUCUCUUGGAAACAUGAUUGGUUUGAAGGAAACGCCAGGAGAAGGCGACGGCCUAGUCGGAGGCAGCCUAGGAGAGGUAGGAACUCCUGGUCAGGCAAGUUUCUCAAUAUAUGCAGAUAUUAG